GUCCACGGCGGCAGGACCCGGCGGCCCCGGACCCGCUGUCCGUCUGCCGGAGCCGCACCGGGGCCGGGCCACCUUAAACCCGACAUCCGCCGGGCGCGGAGCCCAGCGCCGAGCCGCCGUCCCCGCCGGCAUGGCAGGGCUGUGCGGGGCAUCGCCCGCCUCCCUGCUUGCACCCCGAGCUCCCCUGCUUGCACCCCGAGCUCCCCCGCUUGCACCCUGAGAUCGCUGCUUGCACCCCAAGGCCCCCCGCUUGCACCCUGACAUCGCUGCUUGCACGCUGACGUCCCCUGCUUAUGCCCAACAGUUCCCUGUUUGCACUCUGAGGUCCCCCGCUUGCACCCCUCUGUCCCCCGCUUGCACCCCGAGGUCCCCACUUGCACCCCGAGGUCCCCUCUUGCCGCCGAGCCCGAGCAGCCCCGCAGCAGCAGCCGCUGGCGGCAGGCCCCUGGGCUCGGCGGAGGCAGGCUACGCUGGGGCUCGGCGGCCACCGGCACCGCCAUGGAGUUCUCCGAGCUGAUCAAGACGGCGACGGUGGAGAGCGUGCUGCUGUCGUGCGUGGGGCUGCCGGCGGUGAAGGGCACCCUGUGCAUCACCAGCCACCACCUGCUCCUCUCCUCCUGCCCCGGGGGGGACGCCCAGCCCGGCACUGUGGAGCUCUGGCUGCUCAUCCGCAACGUGGAUGCCGUGGAGAAGAGGCUCGCCGGCUCCUCCGGCACCAUCACGCUCCGGUGCAAAGACCUGAAGGUGCUGCAGCUGGAGAUCCCGGGCAUGGAGGAGUGUCUCAACAUCGCCAGCUCCAUCGAGGCCCUCUCCUCGGUGGACUCCGUGAUGAUGAUGUACCCGUUCUUCUACAGACCCCAGAGCCUGAAGCUCGAGGAAGGAUGGCACCUUUUCCCCCUCGAGCAGUACUUCCAACAGAUCGCCUCGCAGACAAACCAGUGGCGGCUGACCGACGUCAACAAGGAUUUCACCACCUGCCCCACGUACCCUCCUGCCGUCAUCGUGCCGGCGGCGGUGGACGAUGACGCCUUGCGGAAGGCUGCCCGUUUCCGUCAGGGCGGGCGAUUCCCCGUCCUCAGCUAUUACCACCCCAAGAACGGCACCGCGAUGCUCCGCAGCAGCCAGCCGCUGACGGGCCCCAACCGAAAGCGCUGUCGUGAGGAUGAGAAGCUGCUGGGGACGGUCCUGGACGAGGGGGAACGGGGCUUUAUCAUCGACACGCGGUCGGCGCAGGCAGCAAAGCAGGCUCGGAUGACGGGGGGGGGCACAGAGCCCAAGUCCUCCUACCCACAGUGGAGGAGGCUGCACCGGCCCCUGGAGAGAGGCCGCCCGCUGCAGGAGAGCUUCAUUAAGCUGGUGGAAGCCUGCAACGACACCUCGAUCAACAUGGACCGGUGGCUGAGCCGGCUGGAGAGCUGCCGCUGGCUGAGCCACGUCAAGGCAGCCCUGAGCACGGCCUGCCUGGCCGCGCAGUGCAUGGACAGGGAGGAGGCCAGCGUGCUGGUGCACGGGACGGAGGGGACGGACACGACGCUGCUGGUGACGGCGCUGGCCCAGGUGAUCCUGGACCCAUCCUGCCGCACACUGGUGGGCUUCCAGGGGCUGCUGGAGCGGGAGUGGAUCGAGGCCGGCCAUCCCUUCCACCUCCGCUGCGCCCGCUCUGCCUACUCCCACGCCCGGCUGAAGCAGGAGGCGCCGCUUUUCCUCCUCUUCCUCGACUGCGUGUGGCAGCUGAGCCGCCAGUUCCCCUUCUCCCUGGAGUUCAGCGAGCGCCUCCUCCUCACCCUCUUCGACAACGCCUACGCCUCUGCCUACGGCACCUUCCUCUGCAACAACGAGAAAGAGAGGUGCCUGUGUAAAGUGAAGGAGAAAACGCACUCCCUCUGGGCCUGGCUGAACCAGCCUGGGGAGAAGAAGAAGUACCUGAACCCUCUCUACUCGCACAACGCCCUGGUCAUCUGGCCCUCUGUCGAACCCCAGAGCAUCCAGCUCUGGCAGGGUUUGUUCUUCCGCUGGAUCCGUUCAUCCCAGUACCUGGACGAGGCCUGGGCAGAGAUCCAGCGGUUAGUAGAGGGCAACGACGCCCCCGUCAAGGAGAGCGCGGGGAACAGGCUGAGCCGCUCCCUCUCCGACCCUGCUGCCCAGACAGAGGACAAAAGGUGAACGGCGAUUCGGUCCCCACAGGCUUCCGGACCAAGGUGACGCUGCAGCUUUCCGUGGGAAGCGCUGUGCGGGACACACGCCCCGCGGAGCCUGGAGGACAGGUCGGAGAUGGAGGGGGGUGCGGACUCCCCCUUUCACAGCCUCCGGGCUCCGCAGACUGAGCUUGUUUCAGUAAAGCGGUCUCUCUCACAGCCCAGGCCUGCUUUCCGCACUUCCUUUGCAAGCGGGGCUCCUUCCCCGUGGGAUUUCAGCAGCCCUUGUACCUGGAGCAGAGGGGCAGGAGGCAGCGGGAGGUCAAUGUGCCCAGCAGCAUCGGCCUCCGGCAGCUCCCACCACAGCGUGCCCGGCCCGCAGCCCCUGCCCAGCACCGUCAGCACAGCAAAAAACAAACCCGCAACACCCUCCCCACAAAGGGCACGCUGGCUGCAGUUUAAGUGUUGCGUCAGUCGCGCUGAGCUGGGAGGCAGCCCGGGAAAUCUGCCCUUGAACCCAGUUUCGAGGAAGGAAAGAUACAAACCACCCCUCCAGCCAGCCGGACGCAGGGCAGGAGGGCUGGAAGGAUGAGGCUUUGCAACACAAGCCCACUAGUGCAGGAAAUAACUGUUCCAUGAGAAAAAUUGGCUCAGGGUCAGCCCAGCAAAUAAACAAAGCACCA